AUGCACAAUAUUAUGCGUAAAUUAGAUUUAAUUUUAAAAUCAGUCAUUUCAUCAACGAACGAACGAACAACAGAAUCAGGCAGUAGAAAAAGAAUACCAUGGAUGCUAACUCCAGAGAAUACUCAAAGACAUACUUUGUCAACAAAAUUUUAUCCAGGAACAGCUCAAGGGGGACAUCCUUUUGAGACGAUUCCAUCUUAUAUGGCAUCGGAGAUACAACAUACAACAGCUAUACCACUGGUAUUUCCGUUAAAUGGGGUGAAACAUUCAAUCAUAGUGCCACCAUCAUCAGCAGCUCCAGUAUUUCAUGGAAAAAAAUCAGAAAGCCCAGCACAAAUUUUAAUUCGUGUCCAAGAUUAUGCUGAAUCAGUACAUACGUGA